UGCCCGUCGUCCCGUACGGCCGUGUCUGUGAAGGUGUGUUGUGCUUUACGUAGCGAAGCGUUUCGCUGUUCGGUGUGUGUUUUAACGUAGACCGCCUCGACGUCGCUAACCCAUCAGUGGCAAAGCUGCAUCAAAGGUUAGCGUUUGGAGUGUGUGUAUAGCUGAAACAAUAUAUAAACAAUCUUGAAUAUAAAGAGCUUCACUCCCGUGCGGCAGCUAGCUGUGGCAAAGCGGAAGGGCAAGAGUUUCCGUCACGGAUCGUAGCAUCCCGGCGUAGGGCGGUGUGUACGGUGUACGUCUUCCGGUCCACGGACUGUCGAUUUCGUUAUUACACCGGAACCUCCGCUCCGGCAAGGGCAACAGCAGCAGCAGCGUCAAUCAAAUCUGCGACUUCCAUACGCUCCCCCUUUGAAACUUAUCCGCACAGCCAGGCGGCACAACUCCACUGCGGAAGGUGCUGAGCCGAGUUCCGAACCGCACGAUGGAACUCUCUCGGAUAAAAACCCUUUACUGUGGGUUAAUAUUUCAGCUGCUCUUCACACUAGCCCUACCGCUGCCCUACACAAAGUAUGGACGUACCUGCGGCGAUAUCGGUUGCCUGUCUAGCCAGGUGUGCGUGAUGGCGUACGAAUCCUGCUCGAUUGGGCAACGCGAGGGUAACGAUUGUGGCCGUUACCCGACCUGCAAAAAGAACACGGAUCCGAGCGUCAGUGCAGGGCCGAGCGAGGGAGUUAGCAAUGUGUACAACAACGGUCCGAAGCCUUCCGCACCGGCCGGUCGCCCUGGAGACGACGAUGUGCUCGGCACGCUCGGUUUGAAUCCUAACAAUCCGUACGGCCAGCGCCCAACGCCACCACCGGCCCGACCACCGCAACCAGCUGGGCCCUCACUCUACCCUUCGCUGCCGACGGACAACAACCCGGGCAACCGUUACGGAGGCAAUGGCGGAGGUGGCUACAGCGGCGGCGGUGGUUCCUACAACGGAGGUGGUGCAGGAGGAAGCUCUUACAAUGGUGGUGCUGGUGGUGGCGGUGCGUACAAUGGAGGUGGCCAGUUUGACGGUGCAGGGGGUAACAUCGUCGUACCGACACGCAAACCGGCCGCACCCGCCAACAACGGUGGAUUCUUCGGUGGCAUCCUGAGCGGUGUACAGAACGCAGUCUCGAACGCGGUCAAGCAGCAGAUCGGCACCUACAUCAAUCAGCGGCUGGGCAUUGGGCCGGCGGCAGGUGGGGCCGCCGGUGCCGGCGGGUUGGGCGGCCUGUUCGAUGCACGCAAUCUGAUCGACAACAAGCGGCUGGGUGGUUUGUUUUCCGAGAAUAAGCCGGCGGGCAGUGGAGGAGGAACCGGCUCGUCCGGCACUUCCAUCGGGCCGGGGGGAUAUCCGGUGACGGUGGAUCAGCGCACGUCGGCCAGUAGCUACAAUCAGCAGUAUGCGGCGGCACCGGCACAGUCCGUACCGUAUCCGCAGAACUAUGGCAGCUACAAUGCGGCUGCCCGUACCCGUUCCACCGAACGUCCUGCUUAUGGAUGGAACCGGGACUAGGUGUGAGAUGCGCUCCUGGCUACCUUACUAAAAUACUCCCCACAAUGCACUAAAAUAAUUACAAAUGUAACACAUUCACGCUGUUGAGGAAUUGCUUCUGUUUCUCUCUAACGACGUAUGCGCCCUCUGUAGGGUUUUACGGGUAACUGCUGACAGCGAUCGCCGAGCAUUUGAAAUCCGAUAUUUUCCUUUAUAUUUUUUUUGUUUACUGUCAUAGUAUAUUAACCUGAUUAAAAGACAAAUAUCUGCACCUUUUUAUACCAUAAUCACACUGUGACUAAUAAAAUACA